UACGUCAAACUUGAUUGAUAUUGCCUCGCACCAACUGAAUACCUUGCUAAAGGGACCCUGUGGACCGAAGAAAUGUUGAACACUGUGAAGUCUAAACUGGUUAACCGUACUUGGAAAGCUGUGCCCAUCUGUGCCAGUCUACGCCCAUCUGAUAUUGGGAAUAAUCAGUUUGUAAAUCUUUCCAGUUCUGACAAAAGUUUCCCUUGUGAACACAUCACAGCCCCACCGAAGUUCUCUCCAAACCUCCCCCGUUCAUUCACAAACAAAAAGAUAUCCAAUGGACGUCAUGAUGUCAUCAUAUCGCAUGUUGCUCAAGGACCUUCAGAGUUCUAUCUGCAGCUGAAAAGUGAAGCGGGCGACAUUUUGGAGUUACGCGAAGGUCUGAGCGCGGAAAUCCCUCUACCCUACACAGGAGUUUAUGAACCAGGAACGGUUUGCACUGCUGUUUCUUCAGUUGACAAGCUUUUACAUCGUGGAUCUAUCUACAAGCCUAAAAUUGGAAAUCGGUGCGCGGUUUUUUUGCCUGACAUUGGGAUUCGCGAAUUCGUCGACACCUUACAAGUUUUUGACAUUCCAGACCAAUUGCUAGUGGCACACUCAUUUUCCUACCGUGCAUCGUUGUUUCGUUCAGAAGAACUGGUAGGACUAGAAGGCUUGUUUGAUCUGUUUUCCUCCCUAGUGAACUCGGUUACUCACCUCACGGCAGAAGUGGUAGAGGAGUGCGAAAUUUCCCAAAAAGUAAAUCUUUAUGACGGUGACGGACGCAGUUUAAUGGAAAUUCUCAAUGAAUUUUUUAUCGACAACCCAGCUCCCAUUCAAAAUGUUCCUGCCCCCGCUGUUCAGUUACCACGUCGAUUGCCACGAUUGGGGCCCCACGUUUUACGGAACAUCAAUGUGAGGCGCUCAACCAGGUCACUUUUCGACAUCCGUCCAAGAAUUACCCCCCAUAGAUUACGCCAGCUGCAAGAGCAGCGAAGACACCAACAAGAAAGGGAAAUCAAUAAUCGCAACGAAGAAGAGGAGCCCGGCGGGUUAUUCUAUUUUUAAAUCCAAUCGAUUGGAUUUUUGUCGAACUAUAGUCAUUUAUCGGUCCACCAUCCAGUAACUAAUUUUUAAACAAAUUUUUUCCCUCAAUGUUUUUGAACUUUCUGUUCCCUCCAUAUGUUUUCACAAAUUUUUGUUUUCUUGUUUUUGAACUUUUAGACUUUUGGUUAGUUUUCUGGUUUUCUAAAUAUUUAGACAGUAUGCAAGUUACGUGCUAAGUGACAGAACUGUAAACUAUCAAUUUAAAAUUCGCUGCCAUACCCAUAUUACCCAACUCAAAAUGUAAGCUCGAUGGAAAUGUGGGAAAAGUCUUGUUUA